UUAGCGUCGUGGCUAACAGAGUUAUUGCAGAUCUACAAUCGUGAAACUACGAGUAGGUUUUAGGGUAUAACCGAUUCACAGUGAAAGGACUGCACAUUGGUGUUAUCAUCUGUAACUGUGUUAUGGGUGACGAUUGUGAUACAGAUGUGCCUAGAAUUUAAUGAGAGGUAACCGGUUAGCUUAGGUCUUGGGUCUUCCCCCAGAUUGAGCUCCAUCGCUUGACUCCUCCUACUGGUUGCUCCUGCCCCACCACGCUCUGUCACGGUUGGUCGUCCACCUCUCGGCUUCACAGCAGAGCUUCUCCCUUCCCUCGCCGGAGCUCUGAGCGUCGGAAUAGAUACAGAACACAGCCAUGGCAGAAAACGCCGGCUUGGAGAACCAUCGCAUUAAGAGCUUUAAAAACAAGGGGCGAGAUGUUGAGACUAUGCGAAGACACCGUAAUGAAGUGACAGUAGAAUUGAGAAAGAACAAACGAGAUGAGCACCUGCUGAAGAAGCGCAACGUUCCUCAGGAGGAGAGCCUCGAGGACUCAGACGUCGACUCGGACUUCAAAGGGCAAAAUGUAACACUAGACGCCAUCCUACAGAACGCCACCAGUGACAAUGCAGUCGUACAGCUCAGUGCCGUGCAGGCAGCCAGAAAAUUACUCUCCAGUGAUAGAAACCCGCCCAUUGAUGACUUGAUCAAAUCUGGAAUCCUCCCCAUUCUAGUAAAAUGCCUGGAAAGGGAUGACAAUCCCUCGUUGCAGUUCGAGGCAGCCUGGGCCCUGACCAACAUCGCAUCCGGCACAUCCGCACAGACCCAGGCCGUGGUCAAGUCUAAUGCAGUUCCCCUGUUUCUGCGGCUGCUCCACUCUCCCCACCAGAACGUGUGUGAACAGGCCGUGUGGGCGCUCGGCAACAUCAUCGGUGACGGCCCUCAGUGUAGAGAUUAUGUCAUCUCUCUGGGCGUGGUCAAGCCGCUGCUGUCCUUCAUCAAUCCCUCGAUUCCCAUCACCUUCCUGCGGAAUGUCACCUGGGUCAUUGUCAACCUGUGCAGGAACAAGGACCCUCCGCCACCCAUGGAGACCGUCCAGGAGAUCCUGCCAGCCCUUUGUGUCCUAAUAUACCACACUGAUAUAAACAUCCUCGUGGACACAGUCUGGGCGCUCUCCUACCUGACAGAUGGAGGCAAUGAGCAGAUUCAGAUGGUCAUUGACUCGGGGGUCGUGCCCUUCCUGGUCCCUCUGCUCAGCCACCAGGAGGUCAAAGUUCAGACGGCUGCCCUAAGGGCGGUGGGGAACAUCGUCACGGGGACGGACGAGCAGACACAGGUGGUUCUGAACUGUGACGUCCUGUCCCAUUUCCCUAACCUGCUCACACACCCAAAAGAAAAGAUCAACAAGGAAGCGGUGUGGUUCCUCUCCAACAUCACCGCGGGCAACCAGCAGCAGGUCCAGGCAGUGAUCGAUGCUGGGCUCAUCCCCAUGAUCAUUCACCAGCUGGCCAAGGGCGACUUUGGAACACAGAAGGAAGCUGCCUGGGCUAUCAGCAACCUGACAAUAAGUGGCCGAAAGGACCAGGUGGAGUACCUUGUCCAGCAGAACGUGAUCCCGCCCUUCUGUAACCUGCUGUCGGUGAAGGACUCGCAGGUGGUGCAGGUGGUGCUGGACGGCCUCAAGAACAUCCUCAUCAUGGCUGGAGACGAGGCCAGCACCAUCACGGACAUAAUCGAGGAGUGUGGAGGUCUGGAGAGGAUUGAACAUCUCCAGCAGCAUGAAAACGAAGACAUCUACAAACUGGCGUUUGAGAUCAUCGAUCAGUACUUCUCAGGAGAUGAUAUCGAUGAAGACCCCAGCCUCAUCCCUGAUGCUACUCAGGGAGGAACCUUCAACUUUGACCCUGCCCCUAACCUGCAGACUAAGGAGUUCAAGUUCUAGGUGAGCGCGUUUGUGGGUGGGCGUGGCCUGCUCCUCACUCCGGCCCCGCCCCCCCGAGACAUCGCGCCAACACACCAGAUCUACUGGACACACACACACACACACACACACACACACAUGCACACAUGCAGACAUACACACACGCACUGAAGGAUCAGCCUCUUCACCACCCAUCCUCUCUGAUGCUUCUGAACGAAUGAACGUAUGAACGAAUGAACGCAAAAAAAAACAACAACAGAAACCGACCACAGACUGAAAAUGAUCACCACCCGCCUCCUCCGUCACUCUGCAGUUGCCAAAAAGUUGCUCUUUUUCCUUUUUUUCCCCUUCACUGUUCUCUCUCUCACACACACACACACACACACACUCACUCACUCACUCAAUUUCUCAUGUAGACUGGAGUCGGAGUCAAACAAUUUGCAUGAAAGUUACACACACGGACACACACAUUCAAUCUGAGACGCACACAAAGAAGAAAUGUGUGAUCAAACCAGGCCUCAUGUUCUUGAAGGAUGGACUCGUGUGAAAUCCUCACUUUGAAGAAGGCAGGAAUUCCUUCCCCUCUCGUCAACUCACCCUCCUCCCUCACCUCCACCCCCACCUCAACAUAUGAAACCUCUGUGCACAGUGUACCAAGAGGCCAGACCCCCCAUAACCCAGCCUUGAGAGAUACAGGCCUACACUUCCCAGAAUUCCUUUGGGGCCCUACUCUCAAGCUGGGGAAGGAGGUUCUCUCCACACCCCUCCUCUUGGACACCAUUUUUUUUUCCCCCUCUUGGAUGCCAGAUUUUUUUUUUUUUUUGUCUGGUCCAAAUCUAAUGGAGUCAUCAUGAAAAAUACAAAUGAACCAUGGAUGUUGCGUUCAAAAAGAAAAUAAUGAAAGGAAAAGACAACACACCACACUUGAACAGAGGAGAUCAUUUUCUUUCAAAAGCGUUGUCAUCUGUUCUGAUUUUGAACACACGUGAACAUGAACAUAUACAUAAACAGCCCGACUCAUGCGCACAGGAUGGAAGUGAACUCUGUGAGAUCGACGCCUGGUGGUAGCCCAGGGCCCCCCCCUCCCACCUCUCCCUCAGGGGCCAGGGAGCCCCACCCCAGCCCCUCACCUGCCCAGAACCACCCACUGCUCCACACCUACCACUGCUGAGUCUGCUGGAGCUCCAGGACCCCCCCACCCAGGAACCCCUGCCCCCCCACCACCACCCUUCCUGUCUGGACCUGCACUGAAAAGAGCCCCUCAGCUGAAGACUGACCCUUCCUCUCACAGACACAUACACACCACUUUUUUAGUGUUUUUUCCCCCCCUUCGCUUAGAGGGAGCUCAACUCUCUGCUGUUCAUCGUAAGGACAAGAGAGCGAGAGAGCGGCUCAAACACAAGAGUUUGCUGCAGCAGUUGGAUUUAUCGGGAUUACAUUAUUUUAUUUUUUGUUUUAGUACAAGUUUUUUUUUUCUUUCCCUUUUUAGUCUGGAGUGGCAACAGUGACUGCCCCCCCCCCUCCCCUCUCUCUCUCUCUCUCCUCACCCCGAAUCAUCUGCAGUUACCCCUCAACCCCCAAACCACCCCUACCCCACCACCACCCUUCUCUAUUGCCUGUGGCUAGUGGAACUGCGGUAUGUGUCACUGCGCUGUGGAGGAACCCGUUCCCGUCGGCAGGGUUCCCGUUUUAUUUUUCUUUCGCUUUUUUUUAAACAUUUUUAUUUCCAAUUCUGACAUUUUAUUUGCAACAAAUCUAAUUGUACAAAACAAACAAAAAAAGAAACAAACAACAACAAAAAAAAUGAAACGUAAACAUAACUAUCCAACUUUCUGCUCACGUAAGGUCUUUUAUGAAGCCGCUGCUGCACCUACAAGUCAUUUGGUUGGGACACUUGCAGGCGCUAACCUUGUUUUACUGAUGUCUGCAAUCACCAGGAAUGCUGGUGUAACAUGCGUAUUUGUGAUGACAGAACGCUGUUCUUUGGACAUGGGCUUUCUCUCUGUUUGUGACUGGACAUUUUCUUUGUUUUCCCUGUGCAUUCACUUUGUAAAGGGAUUUGGAAAAAAAAAACCGAUCUAUAUAUAAAUAUAUAAAUAUACAUUUGGACUAAUGUAGUAAUGUUUUGGCUGUGAACUACUGAACGAGAGCUGGAGAAACAGCCAGAGCCUCUUGGAAUAGCCAUUUCUAAUUGAUGAACAAAAGCUCCUAGCAGGUGUACCUUCCUGACAAAUAUCUAGACACAUAGAAAAGAGCCACUUUAAAGGUAAGAAUUUUUCUUUUUUGUCUUGUAUCAGAAACGGAUACAAGCUUAUGCUUGUUGCAAGAUUUUACUUGCUAAAGAGAAAAAAAAAAAACAAAUAUGAAAAAGCGACAGAUAGCAUUUUGGCCUCUGAUUGUUUAUAUCUUUUUAUAAAUUUUAGAAUCAAUUUCUCUUUAAGGUGGCUCAUUGUCUCUUUUCAACUCCUGUGCAUAUUAAAGAAAAGAAUGAGUUGAAAUUCA